GCUGCAGCGCGACAGGGGCGGGGCCACGGCCACAAAGCAGCCCCCGAGACCACGUGGCCUCCGAGCACCUCAGGGCGCCCUUGAAAGUUCUUGGAUCUGCGGGUUAUGGCCGGUCCCUUGCAGGGCGGUGGGGCCCGGGCCCUGGACCUACUCCGGGGCCUGCCGCGUGUGAGCCUGGCCAACUUAAAGCCGAAUCCCGGCUCCAAGAAACCGGAGAGAAGACCAAGAGGUCGGAGAAGAGGUAGAAAAUGUGGCAGAGGCCAUAAAGGAGAAAGGCAAAGAGGAACCCGGCCCCGCUUGGGCUUUGAGGGAGGCCAGACUCCAUUUUACAUCCGAAUCCCAAAAUACGGGUUUAACGAAGGACAUAGUUUCAGACGCCAGUAUAAGCCUUUGAGUCUCAAUAGACUGCAGUAUCUUAUUGAUUUGGGUCGUGUUGAUCCUAGUCAACCUAUUGACUUAACCCAGCUUGUCAAUGGGAGAGGUGUGACCAUCCAGCCACUUAAAAGGGAUUAUGGUGUCCAGCUGGUUGAGGAGGGUGCUGACACCUUUACGGCAAAAGUUAAUAUUGAAGUACAGUUGGCUUCAGAACUAGCUAUUGCUGCCAUUGAAAAAAAUGGUGGUGUUGUUACUACAGCCUUCUAUGAUCCAAGAAGUCUGGACAUUGUAUGCAAACCUGUUCCAUUCUUUCUUCGUGGACAACCCAUUCCAAAAAGAAUGCUUCCACCAGAAGAACUGGUACCAUAUUACACUGAUGCAAAGAACCGUGGGUACCUGGCGGAUCCUGCCAAAUUUCCUGAAGCACGACUUGAACUCGCCAGGAAGUAUGGUUAUAUCUUACCUGAUAUCACUAAAGAUGAACUCUUCAAAAUGCUGUGUACUAGGAAGGAUCCAAGGCAGAUUUUCUUUGGUCUUGCUCCAGGAUGGGUGGUGAAUAUGGCCGAUAAGAAAAUCCUAAAACCUACAGAUGAAAAUCUCCUUAAGUAUUAUACCUCAUGAAUUCCCGCCCAAGGAAGCAGAGUUGUUAAAGAGUACUGGAAUAGGGGCUGAAGGAUCUAUAUUCCCUCAUUGCAUUUUCCUUAUGUAUAAUUUUCCAGAUGGUGAUGUUACUUUUCAGUGUACUCAUAUGUCUCAUUUUCAUCUAAAAUUAAAUGGCAGGAAACAAGGACUGCAUAGAGAAA